CUAGUCGAAAAUAUAGCGAAAGCGUGCGAAACUACUAAGAUCUUUGUAAAAGCCAAGUGUAAAAGGUUUCGGCUCUUCUGAGGUCUAGUUAAGUGUACAAAGUGCUAUCCAAAAUGUAUUAAAAAGUUGCCACAAAGUAAAAAAGAACAAGCUAUGCCAAAUACUUAAAGUCAAGAGUUAACCCAUACGCCAAGCCAACCCAGCUCAAGCAAGCUUCCACAAGUGUCCAAAAACUAACCACGUACCCACUCACCCACCACCCACCUGCACUCCGCCAUGUUAGGCAGCAGGAGCCCCCCAAUAUACAAGCCGCUCGCAUCGGGAUCGGGGGGCUCCGCCAGCGCCAACAAUCUCAGCUCUAAUUCCAAAUCGAGCAGCCACAGCUCCCUGAGCGGCCAUCCCUAUCAGCAGGCCUACACUGGUCACUCCCACGCCUGUUACCACCAUCAGCAGCAGCAUCAGCAUCAUCACCAGCAUCAGCAUCACAGUCAAGGAAGUCGCACGUCACUAACCCCAACGAUGAAGCGUGGCAAGAAAAACUGGGGCAGUCGAGAGCGAUCCAGCAUGAGUUUUCUGAUUGUCAUCCUCUUUUUUGCUGUCUUUGGCCUCAUCAUAUUGACCGAGGUUUUCAUGAUCGACGAGCGCUCCCACAGCGGGCUGAUGGCCAUGAGGGCGGGUGGCGGGGGCGGAGCCAGCCUGGGCGGCCGCUUGGGCGAUGCGAUGCCGGAUUAUGAUAAUGUUAAGGAUGACUACGAUCUGGACGACAGCAUUCUGAGUGAUAGUAAAUUAGGUUUUAUACAGUUCCGUGACAAUAAACUUAAAAUUCAAGAAGCCGCAGGCGCCGAUGGUCAGCGUCCACGGUAUGCGGGCAUGCUGCUCAAUGGCGCUGCUGGAGCUGGGGGCGGCGUUGGCGAGGGAAACGGCGCUGGCGCCUUUGGCGUGGGUGUUGCUGGCGCCAGUAACGGGCUGAACAUGCCACUGAUACCAUGGGGCCAACUGCUGCCCGCCCAGGUGGAGGAGACCCUGCCACAUUUCCCAUUUGGCACGGCGCCCAACGACGGCGCCUGGCAGGUUGUCAAUGGCACCCGCUUCAAGUUCUUUGUCUAUUCCGCCUACUUCGAUCGACGCGAUGGAGCACGCCUUGUGCGCGUUAUUGGCGCGACUAAAACACGUGGACCAGAGCGCGUCUGGUGCAGAUUCUGGUAUGGCCCAACGACUCACAACAGCAGCGAAACCUCCUCCUCAGCAGCACGUGCCAAAUACACCUCGGCCACGGUAAUGGCUCGCGUUAAGAUUAUUCGUGAGAACUGGAAUCUGAAGUACAGCGCGUGUUUCGUGCUGUGCCCGGUGCGUGUUCCAUUGUUGGAGGUGCCACAGUUUGUGAGCGUGGUUUCCAGAUUGCGAGCGCCGCCUGGCAACUUGAUAACGUUGCGCAACACGGAUCAAGACAUGGACUUUGCACAGCAGUCGGCACCGCCAGCGCAGGGCAAUGUUAAUGCCACGGGGCGCAGUGGAGCCACUCGUCGACCCAUGGCGCAGGCACCGCCCAGCGGCGAGCAGAUACCUGACAGGAUGGCCGUAUGUGUGAAGCCGUUUCACUUUAGCUACGAUCAGGCGUUGUAUCUGAUGGAGUAUCUGGAGUUCUAUGCUCUAUUGGGCGUCUCGCACUUCACCUUCUACAAUCAUACACUUGGUCCGCACGCCUCCUGCGUGCUGCAGAGCUAUCAACGAGGGCAGGUGCCUGGCAACCUGACGGCCUUUGACUGGGAGCCUCUGCAGCCCGCCGAGGCAGCGACCAAUGCAACUCCUCGAGUGCUCAAGUCGCUACACUACCAGCGACCUACGGUCAGCAUUUUGCCCUGGAACCUACGCAUGCGCUCCCAGAAGGAGAUACGCACUGAAGGUCUAUUUGCGGCCCUAAACGAUUGCCUCUACCGGACAAUGUAUCGCUACAAGUAUCUGGCGCUGGUCGAUCUGGAUGAGUUCAUCGUGCCGCGAUACACGGACACGCUCAACGACUUGUUAAGAUCACUCAACCAGCGUUUUCGCAAUCGCAAUACUGGAGCCUAUUCAUUCCAGAACGCCUUCUACUAUCUGCAGUUCGCAGACGAUCCGCUCGCCAGUUCCGGAAUUUCAGGCGGCAGCGAUCAGCUGGGCAGCGUGCGUGCCUCUUUGGUAACGCAGCGCAAGACGCGCAGGCGCUACAAGUUGCAUCCGCAGAAGCAACGCUCCAAAUAUAUUUGCAAGCCCGAAGCUGUGGUCGAGGCAGGAAAUCAUUUUGUCUGGGAAUUCUCGCCGGGCAUGGGAUCACUUAAUGUUCCACCAAAGGAUGCCAUAUUGCAGCACUAUCGGGUCUGUGAAUUUGGAGGCAACGACUGCAUUAAGGCACCUUCCAUACUGGAUCGCACCACCACCAAGUACGUGAACCGCCUGGUGCAGCGCGUGGAUGCUGUCUAUCGGCAUUUGAGACAGCGUUGCGAUCUGCCCGCGCUGCCAACGCUGGCCAAACGAACGAAUGCCCAGGCGGAGCAACAGCACAACGAGAAGCCCAAGUUACUACAGCAGAUGCGCGAAUUGAAUGCACAGCAGCACCAGAAGGAGCAAAAUGAUCACAAGGAUCAGAAUGCGCCGCUCAAGACAGCAACGAGUGCCACAACGAAGCAACAGCAACAGCAGCAGGUAAGGAAACCGAUGACGACAACGAGAGCCCAAAUUAAGGGCAACAGCAGAGCACAGAAUCCACUGAGAGCAACGACCACUGCGACCCCCAGGACAACAGCAAAGGAUCAAGUCAAGCAGCAGCUGCUGCCGCCGGCGAAUGUGCGCAAGAAACGCAAGCUGAUCGUCUUUGAAUUGGAUGACAUGGGAAUACCCAUAGCACGAGUCGAAUACCACUGAGAAAUGGUUUUAGUUGGCGAAAUAGUCGCCUAGACGCUGGCCUCUUCUUGCAUCUGUGCCAAUUAAGUUAGUUGAAGUUUUAUCAGUGAAUAAAGCAGAGCUUGAUUAUUUUGAAUAGGUUUUAGUGUUUGGGUUGUGCUUCAGCUCGGUUGUUCCAAUACAUUUUGCUCAGUGUCAUAUCAGGAAACGAAAAACUAAAAACGAAAAACGAAAACAGUCAAAAAGAGAAAGAGAGAC